AUUAGUGAAGCAGCGAAUGCUGCAGCGGUAAUCGACGCCGCUGCUGCCGCCGCCAACCGAGAAAAGCAGCCCAGACACUCCGGCCGGGAAGAUGGAACAUGAUGCCCCAAAGCAUAUCAUCCAGAUGACAGGAUUUAAGAUGGAAGAAAAGGAAGCUCUAGGAAAAUUGCUUUUAAAACUAGAUUGCACGUUUAUUAAGAGUGAGAAAUACAAAAAUUGUACGCAUCUUAUAGCUGAACGCCUGUGUAAGAGUGAAAAAUUUUUAGCAGCUUGUGCAGCAGGAAAGUGGGUACUGACUAAAGACUACAUAAUUCAUAGUGCCAAAAGUGGCAGAUGGCUUGAUGAAACAACUUAUGAAUGGGGAUAUAAAAUUGAAAAAGACUCCCAUUAUUCACCUCAAAUGCAAUCUGCACCUAAAAGAUGGCGUGAAGAACUGAAACGCACUGGUGCUCCAGGAGCCUUCCACAGAUGGAAAGUUGUCCUUCUUGUUAGAGCCGAUAAACGAAGUGAUUCUCUUGUAAGAGUUUUGGAGGCUGGAAAGGCAAAUGUUAUUUUACCAAAAAGUUCACCAAGUGGAGUAACUCAUGUGAUUGCCAGUAAUGCAAGAAUCAAUGCUGAGAAAGAAAAAGAUAACUUUAAGGCUCCAUUUUAUCCAAUUCAGUAUCUAGGGGAUUUUCUUUUAGAG